CUUCGUAUUAGCUAACUUAGAUCAAUCUACAACCCCAAAAAUAAAAAUAAAUAAACAAACAAACCAAGUUUGAAUUUAGAUCUCUACAUCUUGCAUCGAUCUCUCCUUGUUCUUCCCAAAUUAAUCAAAUCAAAGAAGUCAUCACAUUUACGAUAUGGAAAAUCACGUAAUUUGCGUACCAUUUCCCGCACAAGGUCACAUUAGGCCUAUGUUAAAACUUGCUAAACUCCUCCAUUUCAAAUUUAAUUUUAACAUCACCUUUGUUAACACACAUCACAUCCACCAAACCUUGUUCAAAAAUCACCAUACUUGUUCCGAGAACAACAAGACUCCCUUCUUUAGAUUUGAGUCCUUACGGCCGGAAGGGGUUAGCGACAACGAUCCAAAAGACAUUCUUUCCGUCAUCAACGAUGUUGUGACUAACAAGUUGGAACUCCCUCUUAAGGAGCUCUUGAUGUCAAAUCUUCGUACCAGUAAUAAUAUUAAUAGUAAUAAUAAUAGUAAUUAUUCGCGGCCGCGUAUUAGUUGUAUGAUUAGUGAUGUUGCUAUGUCUUCAUUCACACUUAGAGUGGCUGAAGAAUUUGGGAUUCCUGCUGUGCUAUUUGAGACUGCUAGUGCUUGUAGCCUUUUGGCUUACUUCCAUUUUCGUCAACUUCUUGACAAGGGCAUCAUACCACCCCUCCAAGGUGGGGUGAAUAUUGUACCUACCAUGGGUGAUGGAGAUGAAAUCCGCCCUUUCCCAUUGAAAUCUCUAGACGAAAGUUGUGAAACAAAUGGUUAUCUCGAGAAGACAAUAGAUUGGAUACCAAGUUUGAAAGGGAUAUGCUUAAGGGACAUGCCAACUUUUAUUAGGACGACAAUCGACCCAAAUGAUUUAAUGCUCAAUAUUGUUAUGUUAAAUGCGCAAAGAGCUCUUAAUUCUCGAGCACUCAUCAUCAACACAUUUGACGUUUUGGAACAAGAUGUCCUAAAAGAGCUAUCUACCAUAAACCCUAAUAUUUAUCCAAUCGGCCCCCUAAAUUUAUUGGUAGAUUACCAUAUAUCAAAGAAUGACACUAUUAGUAUAUGUGAUGAGGGAGAUGAAGAAGAUCAUGAGUAUAUGAAAUGGCUUGACACUCAAGAGCCUAAUUCAGUUCUGUAUAUAAGUUUUGGUACAAUUGAAUGUGUCAACCAAGAGAAAAUUAUUGAAAUUGCAUGGGGUUUAGCUAAUAGCCUUUCAAAGUUCUUAUGGGUUGUUAUAUCAGAUCAAGUCACUGGAGAGUUAAAUUGUCGUGAAUUUAAUCGAUUUGAGGAAGAGAUAAAAGGUAGAGGUGUGUUGGUCGAUUGGUGUGACCAAGAAUCAGUUUUAGCGCAUCCUUCUAUAGGAGGGUUCUUGACGCAUUGUGGCUGGAAUUCAACAAUUGAGAGCAUAAGUUAUGGGGUGCCAAUGAUUUGUUGGCCGUUGGUUGCGGAUCAGGUGACUAAUGCUUGGUAUUGUUGCAAUCGUCUUGGCAUUGGAAUGAAGAUGGGAGAAGAAGUUAAAAGCGAUGAUGUUGAGAGUAUGGUGAAAGAGUUGAUGGAUAAGGACAAUGGUAAAAAUAUGGAGGCAGAAACAAUGAAGUGGAGAAAACUUGCAACAGAAGUAAGCAUGAGUUCAAAUGGAUCCUCAUAUGUUAAUUUAAGUAAUGUAGUUAAUGAUGUGAUUAAAAUAAAACAACAAUAACUAAUCUUAUAUGGUUUUUAUCAUCAGAUCGAAAGUUAUUGAAGCACAAUCUAUCUAUUUUUCAUGUGGAAAAUAUUUUAGUACUCAGAUAUGUAAUAAGAAUGUUUUGAGACAUGUAUACUCUCAUCGAAUAAAUUCAUUUUAAUUCUAUAUUUAGAA